UGCUUCUGUUGUUUUUCGUCGUCGUCCAGUCUCGAUAUAUGGUGGACAAGACGAAAGCCUUGACAGACCAAGUGCUUUACGGGUAUGCGUUCCGCAACCUCGCAAUGAAGACUGUGGACGAAUGUUUCUUGGCCUGCUACGAAGACUGUUUUUGUAUGUCAUUUCAAAUGUGCCGUCAGAAUACAGAAUGUCAGUUGUUGUCCUCCAACCAAUUUCAGUCACCAUUCGCGCUGCACAGCAUGAUGGGAUGUUCUUAUUACGACAUGGUUCCAGACUUUGAACAGUUCCGGCCGGACAAGCCCGCUGGAGGGUGUAAUGCAGGAUGGGAAUGUCGACCUUCAAUCAAUCUCUGUCAAAAUGGCGGCACCUAUCAUUCUAUUGCACCAACAAAUCGCAUCUCACCACGAUUCAAGUGCAAUUGUACCGCAGGUUAUGCGGGAAAUCUCUGCCAAACUGUGGCCAAAUCAUGCCGUGGUUACGAGAACAGCGAGCGAAUUCCUGGAAAGUACAAGGUGUUCGAUGAAGGCAUGAAUCUGUUCGAGGUAUUUUGCGAUUUUGAUUCAGGUUCAAGAAUGACUUGGACCCUUAUUCUGUCCUAUCAGUUCAAACACAGGGUUACAUUCGAUAAACCGUACUCAAAGGAUCUUCCUAAAAACCAAGACAGCCCACGUUGGGAUGAAUAUCGCCUUUCAAAAUCCAGGAUGCAAUCAAUCCAGAAAGAUUCAAGUCAUUUUCGCUUCACAUGCAAGUAUGACACUGAUGGAAUGAUCUAUCGUGAUUAUCUUCAGGCUAGCAACGACCAACUGGAUAUUUUAACCUACAAAAACGAGAAAUGGUGUCAUAUGGUCGAUGUAAUUAACGUUCGCGGCCAAAGUUGCUCCAAAUGCACAGUGUUCUUUCACCAAGAAUUUUACAUUUUGCACAGUGAUUCUCAUGCGGCAGUUAGUGAAGGUUGUCAAUUUCAACUAGCUGGUGGUAAGACCUGUGGCAGCUACAGUGAAGAUGCCUUUGGUCAUUACUUUUGUGUCAACACAGAACAUCGCUGUUCGUCCUCUGACUCGGCGACGACCCAAACAUGGUUCGGCUCAGAUUAA